CAUAUUAUAUUGAUAGGUUUUCCCAUAUUUUGUUUCAAUUUAAUCCAUCUAAACGGUUGCUAUGAAUGACUAAAAAGGGAAUUUGACUUAUAGUCAACCACACGAUCGCUCACCUUAUAUAAGAGCUCAAUUAAAGCUUCCAGUCACCAUUCUGGAUUUUGCGACAGGACACACCUAUCAACAAAAUGAAAGGAGGAAUUGUUAUUAUAUUGGCUUCCGUCUUGGCCCUUAUAGGCCUAACUUUGCCAGAGGUGAACUCCCAGGAGACUGUGACUAUGCCUCCAAUAUGUCAAGGUACAUUUGGUACGAUCGAUUGUGGCAUGAACAAUGUCGUCAUCGAAAGCGCUUUCUACGGGCGGAAUGGCAACAUCAUAUGUCCAAGCGGUCAAGCCAACACAGCCAGCUCGUGUUUCGAAGAUGUGACGGACAUCCAGCAAGAACAAAGGUGCCGCAACAGGACAACAUGCUUUCUUCACGCGCGGCCAUCUUAUAAUGGCCUGGCAUGUGCAUCGCACCCUCAGGCCUAUUUGGAAGUCACGUAUUCAUGUGCUAUUCCUACAACUACACAAAUGACCACAGCACCAACUACAGAAAUGAUCACUGCACCACCUCCACAAAAUGAACUUGUGUGUAAAGGCGUGAGAAGCUAUAUCAAAUGCGAUGAGGGACUUAUCCACAUCGUUUCUGCCAUCUGGGGGCGCACUGACGCCGAUCCAACUUGUGGCGAAACUAGUGACGUCACAGAUUGUGAAUUGGAUGUGAUCGACUACUUGACGCCUCUGUGUGAAAAUAUGGAAUCGUGUGAUUUUAAACCCAAGGGGUCUCUCUUCGGCGGGGGCUCGGAGAACCCUUGUGACGGUGUCAAAAAGUACUUGAAUUUUACGUACACCUGCGAAGAACCAACGACAAUGCAGCCGACGACAACGACAAUGCAGCCGACGACAAUAGCAACGGAGCCGGCGGUACCACUGCCAGCAACGAUUAUGACUCCAGUGUGUCAAGGUACAUUUGGUACGAUCGAUUGUGGCCUGAACAAUGUCGUCAUAUGCAGCGCUUACUACGGGCGGAAUAACAACAUCAUAUGUCCAAGCGGUCAAGCCAACACAGCCAGCUCGUGUUUCGAAGAUGUAACGGAUAUCCUGCAAAACCAAAGGUGCAAGGACAGGACCAAAUGCUAUCCUUACGCGGUGGGAGCUUACAACGGCAAUAAAUGUGCAUCGAACCCUCAGGCCUAUUUGGAAGUCACGUAUGCAUGUGCACCAGAAGGAUGUACUGAGCCGGAAACUCUUCCUUAGAAUUCCUACAUCAGAACAUGGUAUACCAGCAACUGUUCGCUGUCCCUUUCAAUGAUUUUUCAUCAAUUUUAUUGUUGAAUGUGUAAUCAGUAGAACAAACGAACACAAACUGGUGUAAUUUCAUCCUUUUUUCCAACUGCAACAAUACCAAAAAACACGCAAAAACACGCAAAUUUAAAGUUAUCGAAGAUUGUAAAUCAUGGAUUAAAAUUAAUAACGGGACAUUAAAACAUGCA